AUGUCUUUGUCGAGCGCGGCCUUAGCUUACAUUCAAAGCAGCUUCUUCCAACUAUAUCACGAACACCUACCAGUUUUGGAUACCCACAUAGAUCCUGUUGCGACAUACUUCGCGAGCCCGCUCCUGUUUUGGAUCGUCGUCUUCACAGUCAGCAGAAAUGUGUCUGCUUACGAGACUCGCACAAAUGACCACUCUGCGCUCUACGACCUGGUCACGAGAGCCGUCUUUAAUGGCUAUGGCGAUCCUCUUCCGACCUUGGAGGCACUUCUCAUCCUAUCGGCAUGGCCACUCCCACUUCGGCGCCAACCAGAAGACCAGCGCUGGUUAUACAGCGGUAUUGCAAUGCAAAAGGCGCUUCAGAACGGACUCCACAGGAUCGAGAGUGUACGCGAGUAUCAACCGCAAGGGUUUAUGCCCACCGCUGCAACCAAGAUCCGACAUGCUCGUAUAUGGCGCUGUUGGUGCUAUUCCAGUUCCCAGUUGAGUUGCGAGCUUGGGUUGCCCUCUCUGGUGCCCCUUGACCACCGCAGGCUGACCCCUGAUGAUUCGACCAUCUUCCGGCCGGAAUUCCUGGCGAAGCUCCAAAUUGCCCUGCAGGUUGGGCGAUGUCAUGAUGUCUUAGAUCGAAUUGAUACGACCCAUGGAAUUCGCAUGAUGCGAGUGUUGGAGGAGGAUAUAGAAGCCAUCUGUGCCCCACUCCGGCUGUCUUUCUUGCAGUGGACUCCAAGUGUCGAAUUUGUACAUCUUUCGCUGUUGCUCGAUAUGUACUGUACAUAUCUCUCCGGUGGCAAACCCUCGGUAGUCUCUCCCGAGUUGCAGGCAUCCAUCGCACGAGUGGCUUCGCGGAUGGUAGACAUCUUCGCCAAUACUUUGAGCUCCCCAGGCCAGCCACCCGGGACCCUUAGGCGACUUCUCGCACAUCAUCCCAAAUGGACCAUGAAGAGUGCCACGACAGCCACCUUUGCUCUGAUCAAACUGGCAUACCUGGACAGGCUUCCGUCUGACCAAAUACGACAGAUUGAGCAGUCCGUGAGGCUAGCAUGCGACGCCCUGGCGAGCGACCCGUCACGGGAGAACUAUGAAUAUCGUAAAGUUGUCAAGGUGGUCGAGGUCCUGUCACGCAAAGGUGUGAUUGAUUCGGCACUAGCAACGAAUCAAAUCAAGACACGCUUUGGUGCUUCCGUCUUCUUCGAGUUGCUGUAUACUGCUACGGAGUGGCGAAAGCAACAUGGAAUUUUGAAAUCGAAUGGCGAGCCCGUCACAGCAUCUGAUGUCGCACCCAUCCAAGCUGUCGACGGCCCUGCUAACGAUUUGACACCAACCAUAUCGGAUCUCACCACGUUCGCCUUCGACGAUGAUUACUGGGCAGCGGGCUUUGACUUCGGCUUCUCAGACAUGAGAAUGACGGGAAAUUCUACCUGGUCGUUUGUUUGA